AUGAUCAGACCUGACUGCAAUAAUGACUUCUGGAAGGAGAGAUUCAUCAGUGGCCUUCCCCCAUUAUUUGCAGAUAAAGUCCGAACAAAACUUAAGGAUAGAUUUGAGGGUCAAAUUCCUUACAACAUACUCACCUACGGAGACUUAGUAAGUUUCAUUACCACUACGGGGAUAGAACUCUGUACAGACCUUAAGCUUAAACAACAGUUGAAGCAGAAUCACAAAUACGGUCUGACAACCUUCUGCCAAGAUUAUGGUUUUACUGACCUCCAUGACGGAAAGAGGCAUAAAAGAAUGGCCCCAAAACGGCAUAAAAAGUCUUAUCCAAAAACAAAGACUUCCUAUAAAGAAGGUUCUUAUAAGGAGUCAGGCAAGCCCCGCCGAAAAACCAGGCGCAAAUCUUUCACAAAAUCUAAAGAUACCUGCUGGACUUGCGGCAAGACCGGCCAUAGGGCGAAAGAUUGCACAUCGGGUAAACGGAAGAAGAUCAAUCUUCUUGAUCUACCUGAUGAAACCAAAGAAAAACUCUUCUCUAUUAUGGAAGACCCCUCUGAAGCAUCUGACUCUUAUUCCUCUUCCGAAGAUGAAUAUAGCGAUGAAGAUUUCCUCAACACCGCUUAUGAGUCUGAUAGUUCCUAA